UCUCUGCGUAUGAGUGUGUGGUGUUGGUGGGCUUAAAAAGAGCUGCAGUUCUGGUGAAAGUCACACAUCUGCAAACUCUCAGAGUGAACGAUUCAGACAGAAUGAUGGGCCUCCUCUCUCUCCUGCUCCUCUUCAGCACAACUCUACUGAUGUCCACUUCUUCUUCUCAUGCCAGUGGAGCAGUAACUAUGUGCUGUAUGGAGAUUAAAGGCACUAUGGUGCGUCGUGACCUGAUCAAGCGCUACUACAUGCAAGACACAGCCAUGUGUAACAUCAAGGCAGUGACGUUUGUCACAGUGAAAGGCAUACGAAUCUGCUCUGACCCUUCCAACCCCUGGGCAAAGAAAACCAUGCAGUACCUGGACAAUAAGAACAAGCCUCACACACUGAAAAAACAUCACAUCACAUCAACUACCACCUCUACGACCACCACCGCACAACCAGCAAAAUACAACCCUCACAAAACAACAUUUUCAGCUCACAACCCCAAAAUUGCUUCUCAAUGGCCAACAACUCUCACCAUAAGACAAUGAAGAACAUAGAAUUUUCCAGUUACCUCAUAGUAAAUCAGAAUAUUGACUUUGAAUAUUUGAACAUUCUCAAAAUGCUGUGUUUAUAACACUGUUUUUUUUUCAAUGUUAUUUUUACAAUGUACAAUAUUUAUGUCACUUWAAUGAAUAUCUGGUCACAAUUUAUUUGGAUAGUCCGGAUAGUCCAUCUGUAGAUGUUUAAGAUGGACAUACUAUCAACAAACAAUCUUUUGAUAAGCAAGUGCUUGCUAAGGUGACGGUUAGGGUAAUGGUUAGGUUUAGAAUAAAGGUCAGGGUAAGGGUUAAGGUUAGGGUUAAGUUUAGGGUUAAAUAAGGUUAAGGUUAGUAAAUAGCUAGGUGAAAUGUUGACGAUAGUCUGUAGAUAUAGAGCAUCUACAGAUGGACUAUCCAAAUAAAGUGUUACCGAGUAUCUUAAUAUAUUUAUAAAUGAAUCAAUUAAAUUCACUUCCAUGGUGAAUUUAAUGAUUGUGAUUGUGUUAACUUGCUGACUAUUUGCCAGUAUGCCUGAAUAAUGUAUGUUUCCUUAUAAGGGUUGAUUUGUCGUCCAUCUGGUGAUGGUUCUUGUGCAAAACGGCUGCCAAACAUCACCCAGAUGGUUGCCAGACGUUAGUAAUGGAUGUGCACUGUACAAUAUCAUGUUAUGUCCUUUAAUACUCUUAGUGAAAUUAAAGCGAAGUAAAU